AUGGAGAACAUCAGCAGCAAGCUGGACAGCCCCACCAACAUUUCCUUGGCAAGCGGCGAUGGCACGCUGGGCCUGCUCGAAUACAAGGUCAUCUCCAUCUUCCUGGUGUUGGGCGUCUGUGGAAUUGGCAUCGUUGGCAACGUUAUGGUGGUGCUGGUGGUCCUCACUACCCGUGACAUGAGGACUCCCACCAACUGCUAUUUGGUUAGCCUGGCUCUGGCCGACCUGAUGGUUCUGGUGGCUGCUGGUCUUCCCAACAUCUCCGACAGCCUGGCAGGAACGUGGAUCUAUGGGUUCGCUGGCUGCCUUGGCAUCACCUACUUCCAGUACUUGGGCAUCAAUGCCUCAUCUUGCUCCAUCACUGCCUUCACUGUGGAAAGGUACAUUGCUAUCUGCCACCCAAUGAAAGCACAGACAAUGUGCACGGUGUCACGUGCCAAGCGCAUCAUCGCGUUUAUGUGGCUCCUCACCUCACUGUACUGCAUGCUCUGGUUCUUCCUGGUGGACAUCGCCGUCAACAAAAGCCGGCAGCUGGAGUGCGGCUACAAGGUCUCCCGCAACCUUUACCUGCCCAUCUACCUCCUCGACUUUGCCCUCUUCUUCGUCACCCCUUUGUUCCUCGCCAUGGUGCUCUAUGGUCUCAUUGGGAGGGUCCUCUUCCACAGCCCCAUCUCACAACAGCCCACUGCCCUCACUGAACGCUGGCAAGACCGAAGUGGCAAGGAGAAGAAUGGUAUGGAGGCCAACCGGAGCAAGGCCGGCAGCUCAAGAGCCAGAGUGCCCAUCUCCUCCAGGAAGCAGGUCACCAAGAUGCUGGCCGUGGUGGUGGUCCUCUUUGCCCUGCUCUGGAUGCCCUACCGGACGCUGGUGUUGGUGAACUCCUUUAUGGAGCACCCCUACCUCGACCGCUGGUUCCUCCUCUUCUGCCGGGUCUGCGUCUAUGCCAACAGCGCCAUCAACCCCGUCAUCUACAACCUCAUGUCCCAGAAGUUCCGCCUCGCCUUCAAGAAGCUCUGCAAGUGCGGGAAGGUGGGGCAGCAUCAACGGCGCAGCUUGUACACAGCUUCGAGCAGCUACAGUGUGGAGAAGGAACCAGGCAGCGCCCACCAGCAGGGUCACCUCAAGGCUAAGAGGCAACCGUCACCUAAAGGGGCAGAGAAGGACUUGCCUGCUGUGGAGCAGGCACCGGCAUCUGCCCAGAGCAAGAAAGAGAAGAUGUAUUUCAGUGCGCUUUGAAUACUCCCCGCUUGGCUUCUCCCUCACUUCCCCAUAAAGUCCUUGCUUUACCUCUCCUAGCACAAAGAGAUACAGAGGAAGAUAGGAACCUGCCUGAUACCAAGUCAGACCAUUUGUGUGGUCCUAAGUGUGGUCUAUACCAAUUGGCAGGAACUCCCCAGGGGGUCAGGAAGGGGACAUUCCAUCCUAUCUGGGGAUGCCAGGGACUCUGAGCUAUCACUGAGCUGCAUUCCAGGAACUCAGAUCUGUCCUCGCACUCUGUUUUAGCCAGAGUUACAUUUUUGAGCCUGGAAAGGAGUUUGUCAGGAUUGGAGCCCCACACCAAGUUUCAGACUGGUGACCUAAGGGAUGCUGGACAGGAGUCAGGGAUGUGUGCCACCACCCAGCUCUGGUCAAAGGAGAGAACUGCAGAGGGACAGUCCACACCAGUCAAGGAAGCCCCUUUGCAUUGAUAGGCCAAGGUGGGUCAGGUGACGCUCAGGUUACCGGGUUCAGCUUGUUCAUUGGUCUGAGCUGAGUAAUUAGGGGACCAGGGACUGGAGACACCACCUUGUUCAUUGCUCCCCCUUUGCUUCACCACCACCUCAGGUACCAAUAUCCCCUGCUCCCCACUCUUAAUAGAAUUGCAAAUGGAGAAAGAAGGCACCCCCCCCUUGAAAACUGGCCCUCUGCAUUCCACCAGCCACAGCUUGCUGCUUUUGAAGCAAGAGACAAAUGGGGAGAGAGAUCGGCUGGGAGGUGAGCCGGACCCUCUCUCCUCCAGCCUUCCCCAGACUGGUGCCCUCCAAAGACGUUGGAGGACUCCGGUCCCCAUCUGCCCCAGCCAGCAUGGCCAAUGGCCAGGGGUGA